CAAUGUGGGCAAUAACGUUGCUUGCCGUAGAGUAAUUCUGGGCAACCCUCUGGGUGCUGUGGGGCUGAGCCCUGUGGAAGGUGACCCUGCUGUACCUCAUGGUGGCAUUGCUCCCAAGGCUGUUCAGCUGGGCACUGCUCUGGUUCCUGAACCGCCUCUUCCUGAAUGUGCAACUUCACAAGGGACAGAUGAAGAUGGUCCAAAAGGCUGUCCAGGAGGGCUCGCCGCUUGUCUUCGUUUGUACACACAAGUCCCUCUUGGAUGGGUUCCUGCUGCCUUUUGUACUGCUCUCCCAGGGCCUGGGUGUGGUCCGUGUGGCUGUGGGCCCCCGCACCUGCUCCUCUGCUCUCAGAGCUCUACUGAGGAAACUUGGGGGACUUUUCCUGCUCCCAGAAGCCAACCUCUCCUUGGACAGCUCAGAGGGCAUCCUCGCAAGGGCUGUGCUCCGUGCAGCUGUGGAGCAGCUUCUUGGCAGUGGGCAGUCUCUGCUCAUCUUCCUAGAAGAGCCCCCUGGGUACCCAGGGCCCAGGCUUUCAGCCCUGGGCCAGGCCUGGCUAGGGCUGGUGGUCCAGGUGGUCCAGGCGGGCAUCAUCCCAGAUGCUACACUGGUACCUGUUGCCAUUGCCUAUGACCUGGUUCCAGAUGCACCAUGUAACAUGAACCACGACUCGGCUCCCCUGGGGCUAUGGACAGGAGCCUUGGCUGUCUUUCGGAGACUGUAUAACUGCUGGGGCUGCAACCACAGAGUCUGUGUCCGGGUGCACCUUGCCCAGCCUUUUUCCCUCCAGGAAUACACCAUCAAUGCCAGAAGCUGCUGGGGUAGCAGGCAGACCCUGGAGCAUCUGUUGCAGCCCAUUGUGCUAGGUGAAUGUAGUGUUGUUCCAGACACUGAGAAGGAGCAGGAGUGGACCCCGUCAACUAGUCUCUUCCUGGCCCUCAAAGAAGAGGACCAGCUCCUGGUCAGAAGACUGAGCUGGCAUGUCCUGAGUGCCAGCGUGGCCAGCUCAGCAGUGAUGAGCACAGCCAUCAUGGCAACACUGCUGCUGUUGAAGCACCAAAAGGGUGUGCUCCUGUCACAGCUCCUGGGGGAGUUCUCCUGGCUGACAGAGGAGACACUGCUGCGUGGCUUUGAUGUGGGCUUCUCUGGGCAGCUGCGGUGCCUGGCCCAGCAUACACUGAGCCUGUUGAGGGCACAUGUGGUUUUGCUGCGUGUCCACCAGGGGGACUUGGUGGUGGUGCCACGGCCUGGCCCAGGCCUCACACAUCUGGCACGCUUGAGUAUGGCAUUGCUGCCUACCUUCCUGAGCGAAGCUGUGGGUGCCUGUGCAGUGUGGGGGUUGCUGGCGGGCAGAGUGGCACCUGAGGGGCCCUGGGAACUGCAGGGCAAAGAGCUCCUGAGUCAGAAUGAACUGUACUGCCAGAUCCUGCUGCUGCUGCACCUGCUCCCUCAGGACCUUCUGCUGCCCCAGCCCUGCCAGUCUUCCUACUGCUACUGUCAGGAAGUGCUGGACCGGCUCAUCCAGUGUGGGCUCCUGGUUGCUGAGGAGACACCAGGCUCUGGGCCAGCUUGUGACACAGGAAGACAGCAUCUGAGUGCAAAGCUACUGUGGAAACCAAGUGGGGACUUCACUGACAGUGAGAGUGAUGACUUUGAUGAGCCAGGAGGCCGGUGCUUCAGGCUUAGCCAACAGUCUCGCUGCCCUGACUUCCUUCUCUUCCUCUGCCGCCUGCUCAGUCCGAUACUCAAGGCCUUCGCACAGGCAGCUAUCUUCCUCCAUGUGGGGCAGCUGCCAGAUUCAGAGGUGGGCUACUCGGAGCAGUUGUUCCAGUUUUUACAGGCUUGUGCCCAGGAAGAAGGGAUCUUUGAGUAUGCAGACCCAAACCUUGCCUUCAGUGCUAUCUGGACGUUCAAAGACCUGGGGGUGCUGCAGCAGAUGCCCAGCCCCACAGGACCCCGGCUCCACCUAGCCCCGGCAUUUGCCAGCCGCGCCAACCAGGACAAGCUGGAACAGUUUAUCCGACAGUUCAUCUGUAAUUAAAACCAGAGUGUAGA